AUGCGUGGUGACCCACCAGCAGCCCAUGAAAUGGGCACAUUUGAUGCGGUUGUCUCGUGUCUCGGCAAGCUCUCGUCUGUGCCGUAUCCAGCAUCCGUGGAAAAUGGCCUGAUGUGUACCGUCGGGAAGAUCCAGGAAACAGAAGCGCAUGGCCCAAUUCAUCUCUCCUCGGCACGUGGAUCAUCUGAAAUCGGGCUGAGGAGCAACGGCAACGAUGAUCGCGGGGUGUCCUGCAGGCGCUGGACUGGUGAUUGGGUGGGUUUUGCCCGUGUCUCAACUGCCCCGCUAUGCCGCUUUCCUCAUUUUCUGCCCGGAUCCCGUGAGGUGGGCGGUGAGACCGAGAAUGAUACAUCAACCCACGCGGAGAACGUCAUGGGCUGUGUGUCUCGCCGUGCACCACACAAAUGUCUCACUCGCUCAUGUACAGCCGUGCCCGGUGCUUUUCUUGGUAGAGGAGAAAAAUAUCGAGUCCCCGCACCACAAGUGCGUGCAUCAACGUCAAGAUGA